AUGAAUCCACACGCAAGCACAAUCAUUACUACCAGCCUAAUCAUAGGACCACUACUCACAAUCUCCAGUGACCAUUGAAUCUUAGCAUGAAUAGGACUAGAAAUUAGUACCCUAGCUAUUACCCCAUUAAUUGCCAAACAACAUCACCCCCGAGCAAUCGAAGCAGCUACUAAAUAUUUCCUAACACAAGCAGUUGCCUCAACACUAAUCUUAGCUUCUAGCACUACCAAUGCGUGACAAACAGGUCAGUGAGACAUUACCCAAAUAUCAAACACACCAUCAUGUGUUAUCCUCACCGCAGCCCUAGCCAUAAAACUGGGACUGGCCCCCUUCCAUUUCUGACUGCCAGAAGUACUACAAGGAACCACUACAACAACAGCAAUAAUCUUAACCACCUGACAAAAAUUAGCACCACUAUCCCUACUACUAAUAACAGCCCAAUCUAUAAACACAUUCCUAAUAGUAAUACUAGGACUAGCAUCCAUUAUUAUUGGAGGAUGGGGAGGACUAAACCAAACCCAACUACGAAAAAUCAUAGCAUUUUCAUCUAUUGCCCAUCUAGGAUGAAUAGUCACAAUUCUUACCCUAUCCCCAAAACUCAUAAUAUUAACAUUCUACACAUAUGCCAUUAUAACUUCCACAAUAUUCCUAAUAAUUGAACUCCUAGAAACAAACAAAGUCUCUGUAAUAAUAACAUCAUGAACAAAACUACCAAUGCUAAACGCCACAAUAAUACUCAUCCUUAUAUCAUUAGCAGGUCUGCCACCACUAACAGGAUUUAUACCCAAAUGAUUAAUCAUUCAAGAAUUAUCUAAACAACACAUAUACUUCACCGCCACUACAAUAAUUAUUAUAUCAAUACUAAGCCUAUUCUUCUAUCUACGAACCUCAUACCAAGCAACCAUUACAUUAUCCCCAAACUCCACCAGCUCCUCACAACAAUGACGGCACAAGCCCAACCAAACACACUAUCUCACCCCAAUAAUUAUACUAUCCACCACAUUACUUCCGAUCGUACCAACCUUAUUAGCCAUCACCUAG